UUUGACUCUGUUGCGUCUCAAAUCCCAUACUUGUGCACUAAAUUGAAUGGUAUAUCAUUGCUAGUGCGAGUAUCACAAAUACAUCCCAAAUGUUUAAACGUGUCAUUGUAGUUUAAAGAUUGAUUUUAAAGUUUUUUAUGCUAGAUUUCAAUUAUAAUCGUAUUUUAGGUUGCAGUAAAGCUGUUUGUUCUUCUGUACUCUUUAGUAGGGUAGUAUGCGGAUUGGGACGUAGCCGUGUUUGAAGGCACGUAGCACUUGUCAGGAGGCAGUAGGGAGAUUCUCAGUGUUGUGUUAGUGGACAGACAUGUUUAAUAUAAGAAAUGCGCUUCGGAGAGCGACUGCUCAGGCUGACAGCGUCGUCUUUUGCAGAAAAGGACGCGAGUAUUCAAGGGCCUCGAUCUCAACCGGGCCGCAGCAACAACACGAAACUUUCUACGAAUUUCGCACCUACUACAUCAAGCCACACCUGAAUGCAGCCUUUCACAAGCUUACCAAUGAGAAGAUCCACCUACGCACUGCACUUUCUGAGCUUGUGGGGUAUUGGAGUGUAGAAUAUGGAGGUCUCAACCAGGUCUUCCACAUCUGGAAGUAUGAGAGCUAUGCUCAGCGGGCAGCAGUGCGAGCAGCCCUGGCACAAGAUCCUAACUGGAUGGAGCAGUACAUCUCCAAAGCUAUGCCUAUGCUGAGUUCUCAGGAUAAUGAAGUUACCUAUUUGGUGCCUUGGAGCAAGAUCCAGAAACCACCUAAAGAAGGAGGUGUGUACGAGCUGGUGUCAUUCCAGAUGAAACCAGGAGGCCCAGCUGUGUGGGGGCAAAGUUUUCAGGGGGCAGUGUGCACCCACGCAGCUCCAGGAUAUGCUUACCCUGUGGGUGUUUUCCACUCUGAGUUUGGACUGCUCAAUAGAUUGCAUGUUCUAUGGUGGUAUGAAAAUGCAGAUCAACGGGCGGCUGUAAGACACAAAGCCCACAGCGACGCUCGGGUUGUGUCUGCAGUGCGGCAGAGUGUUGCCUACCUGGAGUCUCAGAAAAACAAGCUGUUGUUUCCCUGCUCUUACUCUCCUCUUAAGUGAACAUUUAAAAGUGUACAUACUCCUACUGCUGAUCGGCUUUUGCUGUUUAUUGAUGAAAUCAGCGCAGAGUGUAAAGCUGCAGUUCUGACAACGGUCUGCUGGACUCCUUCAGUUCAGUGGUUUGCUUAUAGCUUUGAUGAUGUCUUACCAGUAUGUACAUGGUCAUGCAUUUAAAUGACAAUCAGGCAUUUAGAGUAUUGGUUUCUGAAUUUGGCAUGGCUCUUGCAGAUCAGAAAAAGUUAACAGCAGAAAGAUUUAUGUUUGGCACAUAUAUACCACAGAGUUAUUGACAAUUUGUAUAACUGCAAUCUGCAAUGGCACUAAAUUAUUCCAAAAAUGUAAUCACAUUUUUACUUGGGGAAAACUGUAAAAUCUAAUUAUAUUUAAGGUUUCAUUAAGUUGUAAAUGGUCAUUUGAUUUGUAACAAAGAAAACAUAACACUUUCUGCAUUUAGUUGUCUUUUCACAUAAGUAACACCAGACAUGUCUGUAAAUGUCAUUUCUUACAUAUAACAAUGCUCUAAGGCACUUAAUUGUAUAUCAGUUUAGGUGUAAUUUACUCAGAAUAAAAAAUCUCAUUCUUGCAA